UCACUUCAAUUCCCAGCAUCUCCGGCAUUCAUCAAUCCUUUGAUGAUCCAGUAUAUAUUGAUCGAGAAUACAAGAAAUGGGGUUUUCAAAACUGCCGUUUUUGUUUGCUACAUGCAUGCUUGUUGUGGCGAUGAUGAGUCUUUCUUGUAACGCCCAGAAUUCUGAAAAAGAGUACCUAGAUUCUCACAACGCGGCACGCGCCGACGUAGGGGUCCCGCCGCUGACAUGGGACAACGAGGUGGCGGCCUAUGCCCGAAGCUACGCUAAGCAGAGGUCCGGCGAUUGCAAAAUGAUCCACUCCGGCAACCGGCGGUACGGUGAAAACAUAGCUUGGGGAAACGCGGCGUUCAUGACGGGGGCGUUUGCGGUGGGGCUGUGGGUUGACGAGAAGAUGUACUAUAACUACACUUCCAACUCUUGCAACGCGCCGCCGGGGAAGGAGUGUGGGCACUACACUCAGGUGGUUUGGAAUACCUCGGCGACGGUGGGAUGUGAUAGGGUUCAGUGCAGCAACAAUACAGGGUAUUUCGUUACCUGCAACUAUUCUCCUCCUGGCAAUUUUUUUGGUCAACGGCCGUACUAAAAUAAGAGGAUUCAAUAAUCCCUACCAUUUUAGUUCUUCCCUAAAUAUUUAACCCUCGAUAUUAAAAUAACAUGCUUAGCUUGUAACAAUCAUG